GGCUCCGUCUACAUCUACGUGGCCAACCUGGCGCUGGCCGACCUGCUCUACCUGUCUACCAUCCCCUUAGUGGUGUGCACCUACUUCGCCCACGACUGGCUCUUCGGAGACGCCGGCUGCCGGGUCCUGCUGAGUUUAGACCUGCUCACCACGCACGCCAGCGUUUUCAUUUUGGUGGUCAUGAGUCUGGAGCGCUACCGAGCCGUAGCCCGCCCCCUGAGCGCCUGCGACUCAUCCCCGCGGAGCCGGAAGGCGACGGCCGCCGCCAUCUAGGCCACGGCGUUCGUGCUCACGCUGCCAAUGACGGUCAUGAUCCGACUCAGGCAGGAAAAGCCAUCCCCGGCCGGCCUGGUUAAGAGGAUGUGCUUCCCAACGUGGACCCUGGAGGCCUUCAAGGUCUACGUGGGCGUUCUGUUCGUGACCACCAUUCUUGUCCCAGGCCUGGUCAUGGUCUUGCUGUACGCGGGCCUCGCCAAGCGCUACUGGGCAACCCAGACCCGCCUAGGAGGACGCGGACGCUCGGCCCGGCGGCGAGGGCUCAAACACCGUGUGGUGGUGAUGAUCUUCAGCAUCGUGGUGGCCUACUGGGCCUGUUUCCUGCCCUUCUGGGGAUGGCAACUGACCCAGCUUUUCACGCCGGAGUCCCUCAAAGCUCUAUCCCCAGCCACUCACAACUAUGUCAACUUUUUUGUCACCUGUCUGACCUACGGCAACAGCUGCAUCAACCCCUUCCUCUACACACUGCUCACAAGAAACUACAAGGACUACUUUGGCCAGUCCACGGUGGCCAGCAGGAUUGAGCUGCUUUUUGCGUUACACAUGCCCUUCUGGCUGAAUGAGACGUGCCGAAUAGUCGUAGCCCCACUGCCUUCUAUCUACUAAAAAGUCCCACUGAAAACCAUUGGAAUAGUCAUUUUUUACCACUUCUUAUUGUAAAUUAAUGUAAUCUUUUAUAUUCAGAGUUCAAGUUGGACUACUUAGUUUUUAUAUUUGUCCACCAGAUGGUAGUAGAUGGCGUGCGAACCACGCAGCAAAGUUUCACAUGGUUUUUUUUCUAGUUUUCUGCAAGAGUUCCUUACAACUAAAAUGAUAACUGUGUAGCUAGUGAUGUUGGUCAUCAAUGGUGUGUGUGUGUGUGUGUAAAAGAAAAGAAGGUGUAAAAGAAGAGGGUGUGUGUCAUCUUAUAUUUAAACACUCUUAUAUCGCAUUAUUAAAAUCAAUAAAAAGGUUUAAAAUCCAAAUAUCAAAUUCAUAUUUGAUAAGCAUGAACUUCUUCAUUAAGGCAUACAUUGAAAAUGUAUGAGUGAUAAAUUCAAAUAAAGAAUUAAUGGUUGUUCCCAUUCAAAGCAUGAAGCAGUUUUACGACAAAGGUUUUAAAAAAUGUUGCAAAGCAAAAUUAUGCAUUUUUUUCAAUACAAUAUUAUCAAUCCUUUAUUGAAAUAAAGACAUUUUAAAUUUAUAUUUACUUCCUUUAUUUAAAAAGAAAAUAUUUCAUUUUCAGUUGAGUUGUACAAGUUAAAGGUCACAUAAAUGGUGAAAAUGUUUUGAAUGAUCUAUCUUGUGUGUGUAUAUAUAUAUAGACAAGUUGUAUAUGUAAUAUCACAAAAAAAUGGCUUUUGAACAGGAGGGUGUUGACUUUUUAUCACCACUGUAUAUUCACGUCUAUACAGGUUUUUAAAUCUGGAAGUAUUUAAAUUGAGUGUGUAUUUGUUAAUAAUCUCGAGCGUGGACCUGUUCAUUAAGGCAUAAAUGUUGGCGACGCAUGAGUGACAAAUUACGGUAAACACAUUUAAAAGGU